AAAAUGCCUGUGCCUCCCCUUCCUCUCUCUCCUUCCCCCCUUUGAUCCUCCUCCUCUGUCCGUCCUCUCUUCCCUUCCUCCCCCAAAUCACCAUGGCGCCUCCUCCUCCGCUCCUCCGCUCGCCGCCCCUCACCGGCUGACCCAACCUCCCCCGCCGCCGCUGCCACCGGUCCCCCAAAUCCCCCGACGGGAACACAAGGGGAGCGAAUUCAUCGACCGACCCACCGAUCGAUCCAUCCAUCCACCGCCGAUCUCCCACUCCUCCGCCUCCGCCGCCGCCAUGUUCAACAAGAUCAUCAAGCGCGGCAACCGCAAGGGGGCGCGCUCCGAGGGGGCCGACGCCGCCGCCCGCCCCGCGGCCCCGUCCUCCUCCGCCGCCGCCGCCGCCGCCGCGCCCGUCACCGUCAACCACGCCUCGCGCGCCUCCGCGCCGACCCCCUCCUCGCCCACCUCCCCCCACCUCCCCGCCUCCGCCUUCCCCAUCCUCCCGGCCUCCGCCGCAUCCCCGCCGCUCCUCGAACCGCUCCCGCUCAUCCGCGACGUGGCGGCCGCCGACCGCCCGGGCCUGCUCAUCCGCAAGCUGCGCCUCGUCGCCGCGCUCUUCGACUUCUCCGACUCCCUCAAGCACCCGCGCGAGAAGGAGGCCAAGCGCCAGGCCCUGCUCGAGCUCGUCGAGUACGUCCAAUCCCCCACCCCCUCCUCCACCACCACCCCAAACACCCCCGCCCGCCUCCCCGACGCCGUCCAGGAAGCCCUGGUCGCCGCCAUCUCCGCCAACAUCUUCCGCCCGCUGCCCCCCGCGCUGCACGAGUCCGCCGCCUCCAUCGACCCCAACGCCACCCCGGACGACGAGGAGGAGCCCUACCUCGACCCGGCCUGGCCGCACCUGCAGCUCGUCUACGAGCUGCUCCUCCGCUACGUCGUCUCCCCCGACACCGACACCAAGCUCGCCAAGCGCCACGUCGACCACGCCUUCGUGCUCCGCCUCCUCGACCACUUCGACUCCGAGGACCCGCGCGAGCGCGAGUACCUCAAGACCGUGCUCCACCGCAUCUACGGCAAGUUCAUGGUGCACCGCCCAUUCAUACGCAAGGCCAUCAACAACGUCUUCUACCGCUUCAUCUUCGAGACCGAGCGCCACAACGGGAUAGGCGAGCUGCUCGAGAUCCUCGGCAGCAUUAUCAAUGGCUUCGCGCUGCCCAUGAAGGAGGAGCACAAGCUCUUCCUCGGACGCGCGCUCAUCCCGCUGCACAAGCCAAAGUCCGUCGCCAUUUACCACCAGCAGCUCUCCUAUUGCAUUGUCCAGUUUGUGGAGAAGGACUUCAAGCUCGCUGACGCCGUCAUCAGGGGACUGCUCAAGUACUGGCCUGUCAUUAAUUGCCAGAAGGAGGUGCUCUUCUUGGGGGAGCUCGAGGAAGUGCUCGAGGCCACACAGCAGGCAGAGUUCCAGCGAUGCAUGGUGCCGCUCUUUAAGCAGAUCGGAAGAUGCCUUAACAGUGCCCACUUCCAGGUUGCUGAGCGGGCUUUGUUCUUGUGGAACAAUGAUCACAUUGUAAGCUUGAUUGCCCAAAAUCGUGGUGUUAUAUUUCCAAUAAUAUUUGAAGCACUUGAGAGAAACAUACAGAGCCACUGGAAUCAAGCUGUUCAUGGCCUCACGGCAAAUGUGCGCAAGAUGUUUUUGGACAUGGAUAGUGAGCUAUUUGAAGAGUGCCAGCAGCAGUACAUUGAGAAAGUAGCAAAAGCCAAAGAAUUGGAGGAGCAACGAGAGUCAGCAUGGAGACAUUUAGAAGCUGUUGCUGCCAAGGCUGCUGGAGAUGACAUGGUUUUGGUGAAUUAGUAUCCAUAAGUACGCAAACAUCAUUUCAAAAGAUGUUUAUGCUUGCUCAGAUGAUCGGUGCUCACAAUCUCACAAGCAUCCAUGUGCACCUGUGAACUCACUAUCAAUGUCGGUCGGUUGGGGUGCGCUGACCUCAUCUUUGAUGGCUUGGAAUUUCAAGGCCAGUGUUCCUUGGGUCUAUGCCCCCAAUGAUCGCUUAGUCGAGACAUGAUGGUGGCAGCAGAUGCCGAUUCUUCCUACGCCCAAUGGGGUUCCUGCGAUGGUACCACAUUCUUCUUCCUUCGUUCAACUCCUUCCUCUCCUUUUUUUUAUGAAUAAUCAGACCAUUGUAACCUUUGUAUUAAUCCUUCAUUGUUUGCCCCUAGUUCGCUACCCGCAAUCGGGAGAGUGCAAGUAGAAAACGAGUGAGCUAGAUGUAAUCUCUUUCUUUGUUUCUUUUUUCUUUCUUUUGAGAUAUUUCAGUUCAUGUUGUAUGAGUAACAUCAAGAACGGAGAUAAAAGAAACCGGUUUAAUUUA